GGGCUUCCAGAACCGCAUUACAUCCUCUUCACAGCAGAUCCAGACCCCGAGACAGGCGUGCCAUGGUGCCCUGACUGCGCACGCCGCCUCGGUGCCGCUCGCGCGCGCGUUGCCGAGGUUGGCGGUACCUUGCUCGAGGUUCAGGUGGGUCCACGGCCUGUUUGGAAGGAUCCGCAGAACCCGCUACGGCAUCACCCAGUGCUGCAACUGAAGGGCAUCCCAACCAUGAUGCGGUGGCAGAAUGGCGCGCCAGGCGCCAGGCUGGGGUCCACCCUGGAGGCAGCAGCCACGCCAGAGGAGGCAGACAGGCUCAUCAAGGACUUUGUGAGCUCAGAUCUGCGCGCGGCUGCAGCGCAGGACGGCGGCAGUGAGGUGGAUGUGCAGGCAUUGAUACAGCAACUUGAGCAGGCCAGCGCCGCAAAUGGUGCUGUUUCACGUUGAGUGCUGUUGAUAUAAGCCACUUUUGUCAAUGUCAUCUCCAAGCCAUAUAUCAAUAUCUUUGAUAGCCACCCCAGCAGGAUUGCCAUGAAUUAUAUCUUGGAUGUGUUCUUCUGUGGAAUGAUGCUCAUGCAUUCUGUGUAUCAUCAAAGU